AUACGAUUUGUCAUUUCUUUCCUUUUACCGAAAAACGUGAUUUUUGGUUUAUUUUGUGCAUUUUAGGUUUUAAAUAAAUAUACCUGACUAUAAUUUAAAAUCAUUAUGGGCAAGUUAGAUGUUGUUAUAUUACGCUAUUUAACUAGCGAAGACUUUCGGGUGUUAACAGCGGUCGAAAUGGGUAUGAAAAACCACGAACUAGUGCCUGGAUCGCUGGUCGCCUCGAUAGCAAACUUGCGCCACGGAGGAGUUCACAAAUUGAUGAAAGAACUUUGCAAACACAGAUUGCUUACAUAUGAACGUGGCAAGCAUUAUGAUGGUUACCGGCUAACCAACAGUGGAUACGACUACCUCGCUCUGAAGGCCCUGACCAACAGGAAGGUGAUUGCUUCCUUUGGCAAUCAGAUUGGAGUUGGCAAGGAGUCCAACAUUUACACAGUGGCCGAUGAAGACAGAAACCCCCUUUGCUUAAAACUUCACAGACUGGGUCGUACCUGUUUCCGCAACAUAAAAGGCAAGCGAGACUACCAUGCGCACCGCAAUCGAGCCUCUUGGCUGUACCUGUCCAGGAUAUCGGCCACAAAGGAGUUUGCUUACAUGAAGGCUUUGUAUGACAGAGGCUUCCCGGUGCCCAAACCUAUUGACUUCAACAGGCAUUGUGUGGUUAUGGAACUUGUUCACGGAGGUCCUUUGACACAUGUAACAGCAGUGGACGAGCCAGAUGUACUCUAUGACGAGCUGAUGGAGCUUAUAGUGCGGCUGGGCAACUGCGGCGUCAUCCACGGAGACUUCAACGAGUUCAACAUCAUGAUCAAUGAGGAGGGACAUCCCAUCAUCAUUGACUUCCCGCAGAUGGUGUCCACUUCGCAUCCUAAUGCCGAGCUUUAUUUCGACCGCGACGUGCGUUGCGUGCGCGCGUUCUUCAAGAAGCGGUUCGGGUUCGAGAGCGAGACGUGCCCGAGGUUCGCCGACCUCGAGCGGGACGACGCGCUCGACACCGAGGUCGCGUGUUCCGGGUACAAGCGUGCGAGGGAACUUGACGAUGAUUUGCUGCACGAAAUGGGCAUUGGCCUUGCUGUUAGUGAAGACGAGGAAGAUCCAGAAGAUGAGCAAGAGAUAGACCACAGCAAGUACACCGAGGAGGAGCUAGCGGCGCUUAGAAAAGAGGUGGAUGAUUCAAUACAAAAUGACGAGAAAAAAAUACAGCAAAUAGCAGACAGAGCGAGAAACCUACAAAUUGAAGAUGAGCCGCCAACUCUUGUGCCAGCCAUAGACAAGACACAACAGGAUCAUAGAGACGAUACAGAGAAACACACUGAUAUAGAGGACCACAGACAAACAGAGGAACAUACAGACAGAACGAGAGAACAUGUGGACCCCACGUCACAGAAGUAUAGGCUGGCGAUGGUUGAGAAGGCUCUGUCAGAUGUACGGUCUAUGAGGACGUAUACGUCUGCUAGCACUAUAGCGCCAGAAGUCGUAAAAUCACAGGUGAAGAAAAAUCUAGAAGUCCGUCAAAAGAAGAUAGAGAGGAAGAAAGCGGUGGCCAAAGGUGAAGCAAGCGCCGUGACGCGCCUGCGACGCGACAACGCGGAGACCGUGCGCGACUGCCGCGGGCUGUGGGGCUGGGGCUGGGGCUGGGGCGACUGACCUCACUGUCUCCUAUCGCCUGUCGCCAUUGGGACAUGUUAGUGUAACAAAUAUAAUACAUCUAUAUAUAUAUUUA